CGGGUGAGGAGGCGGCGAGCGGAGCCCGAGCUCAGGAGCGAGGGACGGGUUCCCGAAGGAGAGGCGGUGUGCCCCGGCCGCGCUGCCGCCCCGCCAGCCGCCCGCCCCCUAGCGCCGGCCAUGGGCUGCCCGGCGCGGCGCUGAGCGCGGCACGGCCCGCUGUGCGCGGUCGCGGCCCCGGCACGGAGCGCGGAGAUGUUCGUCCCGUACGGCAGCCUGAUGCGGUACCUGUUCCCGGCCCUGCUGCUGCACGGGCUGGGAGAAGGUUCUGCUCUUCUUCAUCCGGACAGCAGGUCCCACCCCCGCUCCUUAGAGAAGAGUGCAUGGAGGGCUUUCAAGGAGUCACAGUGUCAUCACAUGCUGAAACACCUCCACAAUGGGGCCCGCAUCACUGUGCAAAUGCCUCCCAGUAUAGAGGGACACUGGGUCUCUACCGGCUGUGAAGUCAGAGCAGGUCCAGAGUUCAUCACAAGGUCCUACAGAUUCUAUCACAAUAAUACAUUUAAAGCAUAUCAGUUUUACUAUGGUGGCAAUCGCUGCACUAACCCUAUCUACACAUUAGUUAUACGUGGCAAAAUUCGUCUCCGCCAAGCAUCCUGGAUCAUCCGAGGGGGUACUGAAGCUGAUUAUCAGCUGCGCAACAUACAGAUCAUAAGCCACAAUGAAGCAGUAGCCAAAAAAUUAAGUGAGUUGGUCAACAAUACAUGUCCUGGAUUUAUACCGGAAGAUAGUCCCUGGGAGCAGGAUGUGAGCUAUGAUUUGCUCAGAGAAGAGAAUGGCUGUGAAUGCACCAAGGCUCUGAAUUUUGCCAUGCAUGAACUCCAGCUGAUCCGGGUGGAGAAGCAAUAUCUGCAUCACAAUUUAGAUCACCUCGUGGAGGAGCUAUUUCUUGGAGACAUUCAUACUGAUGCUACCCAGAGGAGGUACUACCGACCCUCCAGUUACCAGCCUCCUCUUCAAAAUGCCAAGAACCAUGACCGCACGUGCAUUGCAUGCAGGAUCAUCUACCGCUCCGAUGAGCACCACCCACCCAUCCUGCCCCCCAAGGCAGACCUGACCAUCGGGCUGCAUGGCGAGUGGGUGAGCCAGCGCUGUGAGGUGCGGCCGGAGGUCCUCUUCCUCACGCGGCACUUCAUUUUCCAUGACAACAACAACACCUGGGAGGGCCACUACUACCACUACUCCGACCCCAUCUGCAAGCAUCCCACCUUCACCAUCUAUGCCAAGGGCCGCUACAGCCGAGGAGUGCACUCGGCCAAAGUGAUGGGCGGAACAGAGUUCGUCUUCAAAGUGAACCACAUGAAGGUCACACCGAUGGAUGUGUCCACGGCCUCUCUGCUCAACGUCUUCAACGGGAAUGAGUGCGGAGCGCAGGGCUCCUGGCAAGUCGGUGUGCAGCAAGACGUCACCCACACCAACGGCUGCAUCGCGCUUGGCAUCCGCCUGCCUCACACCGAGUAUGAAAUCUUCAAGAUGGAGCAGGAUGCCAGGGGCAGGUACUUGCUGUACAACGGCCAGCGACCCAGCGAUGGGUCCAGCCCCGACCGACCGGAAAAGAGAGCCACGUCCUACCAGAUGCCUUUGAUUCAGUGCGCUUCAUCCGUACCCAGAUCUGAAGAGUCGCCAGAGGAGAAUAAAAUACGGCUGUAUAGCAGCAGGGCACCAGCAAAACAUCCCAGUGCCUCAGCUCUUGCUUUGGUGUUGUUUAUUUGUACUGUGUCAUAUUGGGACAUUCUCAGCUAGAAGUGAAAAAACUAUUUUUCAUGACUACAAAGCCAGGAUUCCACAGACUGAGGGUUGUUUUGCUUCAGAAAGAAAGGGACGUUUAUUUUCUUGAUGCACUUGAAUGCCUGAGAACUGUUGUUCUUUUCCUUAUUUCCCCCCCUCCUUGAAUCACGAACGGCACUCGUUUGAUGUUUGUGCUUUGAACUUCAUCCAGUCUGAUCCCUGGCGUGACAUGACUGCACAAAAGUAAUUGCACUUUAGGACUGCAGACUUCUGGGGGGCGGGAGGGGGUCUCCUUUUAUAUUGUUUUAACUGCUGGGGUGAACGUUGUGAUCCUGCUUCGUUGUCUCUGCCAUUUUACCAUUGUGGUACUGCUGUGCCCAACGCUCGGUUUCUCAUCACAAUUUAACUCCAUGCAACAAAUCGGUGAUGGCGGUUUCCUCUUGGCUUCAGGAUUCUGGUAGAGAUGUGUAUAUAGGAUGGAAACCCACACGGAUUUACCUGGCCGUGAUCUCACAGCUCAACACAGAAAGAAACAGCAAGUCAACAGCCCUCCGCUGAGAUAGUGGUCGAUGGUCGAUAUCUCCAAUUAAAAGAUAUUCCAAGUAAUUUAAACUGUUUCACAGUCAUCACAUUGUAAAAAUAACCAGUGGUUUAAUAUUUUCUCAUUCAAUUUAGUUAGCUGCAUAAUUGCUUCAGCACUUUCUUAUGUAUCUAGCAAGUGGUUACAACCAAGUCCACUUAAAGCCAGAUAGAAGCAGCAUUUUUUCUGUCAGAUAUACAGCACAGGUAAGCUGCUGAUAAAAGUCUUCAGUGACGUGCUCCAUUGCCAUAUUCAUGAGGCCUCAAAUACCCCAUACGCAGUGCUUGUGCCUUGGGUGCUGUAUCAGCCAGGUGGGUGAAUGAAAGCAGCAGAUCUAAUGACGUGCAGCCCUACUUAGCCACCUGGUUUCAGUGAUGUAAGUGGCCUUUUAGGAACAAGUGAUGGGUCUCAGCAGCAAGCCCACUAUGGGCCCCAGUACUGCCAUUACUUUAAAGAGCAAAGAACGCAGCAGGAAGAAGACCCUCAUAGUCUGAUGGAUGGAGGCUGGCCCUGCCUACCAGAGCCAGGAGCAGGAGAUGCACAAACACCGCUGCCUCCCCACUUUUCUCCUUGCUAGUCAGUCCCAACAUGCAUUGAGUGCACAUUGAUUUGGGCAGAUGCCGCUGGCAGAGUUGGAUAGGGAGAGCCCUCAGAUCAUGUGCUCCAUCAGCAGCAGCCUGCCCUGAAACCCACAGAUUUCCCAUGGUCAGUACAUCCUCAUGUACACACUGACACGAGUGAAAGCAGAGAGGGUGAGGGAGGUGUUUAGGGCCAGCCAGGAAGUACGGUUCAUGGAUGAACCAUGUUCCCCACAUUAAUGGGGAGUAACUGAGGACAUGGCUCAGCCUUGAGGCCUUUACUGAUAGUCAUAAGUGUACUUGCUCCCAAGAGGAACUGUGAGUGAAGUACAGGGCGUGAGGUCACAGCUCCCAGCUGCCCAGUCCUGUGCUAUAGGAGGAAGAACCCUCUAAUGGGUCAUUCCCAGAGUCAUAGGAAAAUCCCAUCCUGAAUAAAGCUUUCAGCAUUACGUGAGUCUCCAUACUGUAUGAUAGAGCAAAAGCAUACUUUGGAAGCAGUGAUAACAUGGGCCUUCCUGGCCAAUCAAGCAGGAAAAAGCCGGGUAGCAGAUGGCCAUACUCAGGCUCUCUGCCUCCUCACAGUGCAUGCCUUCUGCACAGUUUGUUCCAAGCUGGCAUCAGCCUAUGGCAGGGACUUCCACAGAGUGGGAACAAAGUCCACUCAUCUGUUUUUGAGGCAGCACGAGGAGGCACAAUCUCAGGCUCUUGCUGCCAAAUCAGUCACAUCUUUCACACUUGUUCUCAGGCAUGAAAAACUGCAGAAAGCCCAUGAAAGCUCAAGAGUCAGAAUGAAAGCCCAGGAUGGCCGAGCAGUGCUCCUCCACACACCUGAUACCAGAUUCUUCUUCAGCCUGAUAGGAGGAGCUGAAAGCCAAACUCACUAUGGCAAGUCAAGCCCUAAGAACCAGAAGGGAGCUCGGUUUUCUCUAGCUAGAACUCACUUUUAUUGUCAGCAGGUAUUCAGCAGCACAUCUCCAGAUGAGUUACUGAGCUAUUACAAGAUCCCAGACACAUCUCUCCAAAUAGUGGCUAAGCUUCUCAUUUCUGUUUAAGACUUAGCUGCAUCAGUGAGCUCCUGUUAGCUCUUACAUGUUAAGAUGUGCCUGGUGUGGCGUUCCUUUGACCACAUGAGACAAGCUUCUUUCACCACCAACCACUGCCAGGUUAGGUAGUCUCAUCUCUGCAAAACACAAAUAUCUGGGAGCUUUUAAACCCUGAUCCUUCCCUAGGUAUAUGCCACACACAGCUGAGUCCUGGCUGAAACCCAUCUGUCCCAGUAAUGCAGGCCUGAACCCAGCGCCAAGGAGCCACCACAUAGCACCACGUUCUGUAGUCACCAGGGCAAUGGGCCACAACUGAUCACUGCUUUAAUUGCUUAACAUCAGGAGUAUUACAACAGUCUUAAGAGAACUUCAAGCUCAAAGAAGGUAGAUUUAGGUUAGAUGCAAGGAAAAGAUAUUUUGCAGCGAGGGUGGUGAGGCACUGGAACAGGUUGCCCAGUGAUGCAGUGGAUGCCUGGAGACUUUCAAGGCGAGGCUGGAUCAGCCCUGCGCAACCCAGUGUAGCUGUGGUGUCCCUGAUCAUUGCAGGGGAGUUGGACUAAAUGGCCUUCAGAGGUCCCUUCCAACUCUCAGGAUUCUGUGAUUCUAUAACUACGUGUCUUGUUCUUACCUCAAAGAAGUGCAUUCACAUGUGCACUACAGCAGUUAAACCCUUGUUUGUGAAGCACAGGCUUGCAAAGAUCUAGGUUUGCCAAGACAUGGGGCUACACUACGCACAAACAUGACACAGAUUGUGCAAACUGUACAAGAAAUGCAUUUCUUUUUCCUACCAUUUAGAGAUGGUUGAAAAGGAAGAACUAGAAAAAGACCUUCAUAAUGCACUGCAAAUAAUCCAAUUCAGGUUUGUUUUGGCUCUGGUACACAAUGGCUCUUCUGGUUUAUUUGUAUCAUCGACUUGAAACAUAAUUCUGUGAUUUAGGUUCCUAGCAUCUGCUGCCCCCUCUUUCCUCCUUGGGUCUGUAUUUUCCCUUUAUUUUGCUGUUAGCCAACAGAAGCCAAGUUGGACAAAGUUAUGUCAGCCUUAAGAGCAUGUGGUUUAUUUGUCAGUCCCUGUGCUCUGUGAGGGUUCUGCUCGGUUACAGGCGCAGAACUAGGUGCUGAGCUCCCCUGAUCUUCCCAUUUCAUCAGGCACUAAAUUAACCACCGCACGGCAUAUGCAUUUGUGAUACAAUAUAUUCCAUUCAUUUUGUUCCUUCGGCCUGACCUCAUGUGCUGGCAGCCCUGACUGCUGAAGAAGUUAAGCAGCAAGUGCCUUAGCAGCAAACCAAGCAACUUAGAAUCACAGAAUCAUAGAGUCACCAAGGUUGGAAAAGAUCCACAGGAUCACCCAGUCCAACCAUUCACCCGUCACCAAUGGUUCCUGCUAAACCAUGUCCCUCAACACAACAUCCAAAUGUUCUUUGAACACCUCCAGGCUCGGUGACUCCACCACCUCUCUGGGCAGCCCACUCCAGUGCCUGACCACCCUUUCAGAGAAGUAGCAUUUCCUAACGUCCAGCCUGAACCUUCUCUGGCACAGCUUGAAGCCACUGAACUUGUCCCAUCCCAAAGCUUUAACAUGAAACGGUGGAUGGUGGCAUGCUCAUUGAUCACCAAGAGAGGUGAACGCUCCUUUCCCCUUCGCACCACAGUGACGUCCUACUCAAGGACCGACCGGCAGGACCAAUCUGAAGAAGCUCUUCGGCAAACUCUUUUAAGACGUUCUGGUUUUAAAAAGGGACAGAAGGGAACGGAACGCUGCACCACGCCUUCCUUCUCUGUUUCUGUACCGUUUACACACUGUGCCUGCUGCCCUGGGGUACAAUGUCAUUUUGCUGAGCAGAGGUCCGCAGUUUAAGAUGUAGUGUCUGUUUUGCUGAGUUGGGGUGUGCUUGCUUCAUGUGCAGGAUUCAAAAGAAAGAAAAAUCUUUUAUAUUUUUGUAAAGCUAUAGAAGGUAUUUUUCUUCUCAACUCUAUGUUCCAGAUUAAACUGCCGGGGAAGUUUUAGCACUUGUCGAACUAUUGGUUGAAAUAAA